GGUAGACUCCAUGAGAUCAUUUCACUCCACCACAGAGUAUAAAAAAUCCCCAAAGUGUGAUCUCUUUAACUGCUCUCAAUCAUGGAGUUCUGGUUCAUCUUUCUCUCUCUGUUCAUCUGCUUUGUCCUCAAGUUGCUUCUUAAUCUAAUCCUAGACAAGAAAUACAACAAAAGAGAACACAAACUCCCACUCCCACUCCCACUCCCACCAGGACCCUUCACCUUUCCCAUCAUAGGAAAAUUCUUUUGGCAACGUAAAUCCUUCUCUGAUCUUGAGCCAAUUCUCAGAGAGCUACAUACUAAAUAUGGCCCAAUUGUUAGUCUUCCAAUUGGUUCCCAACGGGCCAUCUUCAUAAGAACACAUGAUCUUGCCCACGAAGCCCUCGUCAAGAAGGGAACUAUUUUUACUAGUCGACCUCCGGUCAUGGGCGCAGGCCGCCUUGAAAAUCGAUUCAACAUCAGCUCAUCGGGAUAUGGCCCGGUCUGGCGGCUUCUCCGCCGCAACCUUACGUCGGAGAUGCUUCACCCUUCUCGUUUGAAGUCAUAUUCUCGGGCCCGGAAAUGGGUAUUGCAGGUACUAACCACCAAGCUCAAAGCCGAAUCACAAUCCGGAAAGGCUAUUCCCAUGAUGGAUCACAUCCAAUAUGCAAUGUUUUCGCUAUUAGUAUUCAUGUGCUUUGGUAAAAAACUUGAGGAGAAGGAGGUUAGAGAGAUCAAAACCGUCCAAAGCACCUUCUUUCAAAAUUCCAGUAGGUUCGAUACUCUAGAUUUCUUGCCAUGGUUGGCAAGGAUUUUGUUUCGAAAGCUGUGGAAUGAACUCCUAGAGAUCCUACAUAAACAAGAAAAUCUCUUCAUCCCUCUCAUCAGAGCUCGUGAAGAAAGAAGAAAGAAUGCAAAUUCAAAGCUAGAGGAAGAUUUUGUCAACUCAUAUGUUGAUACAUUGCUCGAUCUCAACCUCCCAGAGGAUGGAAGAAAGCUCAAUGAAGCUGAAAUGGUGAGUUUAUGUUCAGAGUUUCUUACUGGAGGCACAGACACAACAUCCACUGCAUUGCAAUGGAUAUUGGCAAAUUUAGUGAAGCACCAACAUAUACAAUCAAAGCUGGUUGCAGAAAUUGAGGGAGUAGUAGGGUCUGGAGAGAAGAUCAAUGAAGAGGAUUUGCAAAAGAUGCCGUAUCUGAAGGCGGUGGUGCUCGAGGGCCUACGGCGGCACCCACCGGCGCAUUUCUUGUUACCACAUGCAGUCACAGAGGAUACAACAUUGAAUGGUUAUCUCAUACCCAAGAAUGCUACUACUGUGAAUGUCACAUUAGCAGAGAUCAGUCGAGACCCAGAUGCUUGGGAGGAUCCAAUGGAGUUCAGGCCAGAGAGGUUUUUGAGUAGAAUUGUUCAAGGGGAAGAGGUGAUUGAUAUAAUAGGGAAGAAGGAGAUUAAAAUGAUGCCAUUUGGUGCAGGGAGAAGGAUUUGCCCUGCUCUUGGUUUGGCAUUGCUUCAUUUAGGGUAUUUUGUGGCCAAUUUGGUUAGGGACUUUGAAUGGAAACCUAGAGAUGGAGAUGAUAUUGAUUUAUCAGAGGAGCAAAAAUUCACGUUUGUUAUGAAGAAUCCACUACAUGCCCUUAUCUAUUCAAGGAUAAGGUAGUGUUUUCCUUAAUCUAAUCUUGAAUUUCCUAAUUAAACUUAAAGAAUUGUGUAUGUUAUUAUGUACACUUUUUCCUUUUUUUGGGAUAAAAUAAACUCUGCCUUGAUUAAAUA